AUGACAUCAGCCAAGUUCGAGGGUCCAAACUCAGGCUUCCAACUCGCGAAUAAUAACGGUAGCGUUCAUAUUACCGUUGAGCAGAGUUCAAUUUAUCGAGAUGAGAGAGUAAGGAGGUUUCUAAGUCUGCUCAACACCUGUCCCUACGAGGACCGGAAAAACAGAAAUAACAGACGAGUCCCUGGAACCUGUGAAUGGUUCACAAAGCAUCCGAAGUUUACCAACUGGCAACGGUGUACAAGUCAUGAUCUCGCUGGUCUACUAUGGGUCUCAGCCGAUCCAGGCUGCGGCAAGUCAGUCUUAACAAGAUACCUGGUAGAUGAGGUUCUCUGCAACGAGAAGCAAACUGUGUGUUAUUUCUUCUUCAAAGACGACUUCCCGGAUCAAAGGCAUGCAGCAGGUGCACUAUCAACUAUUUUGCACCAGAUUUUUGUUGCACGGCCCCAGCUUUUAUCAGAUACGGUUCUGAAAAAGCUGGAGACCGAUGGAGAAAAGCUUGUCCAGUCAUUCCAUAAAUUAUGGAACAUACUCAUGUCUGUCUCUGCUCAAGAAGAAGAAGCCAGAGAAAUUAUUUGCAUUCUCGAUGCAUUAGAUGAGUGUCGAGAUCGUGAUGAACUUAUUGAAGCUGUCACCAUGUUUUACCAAGGACUUCAUAGAGACCGGAAGCUGAAAUUCUUGAUGACAAGCAGACCAUAUCCUCAUAUAGAGCGCCUAUUUUGGAAGCUGCGGACCAGGCUGCCGACGAUACACCUAAGUGGGGAUGGCGAGGAAGAAGUCCAGAAAAUCUCCCAUGAAAUAGGUCUUGUCAUCAGCAAAAGAGUGAGCGAUAUCGGUAAACAGAGAUCACUUGAAGAAGAUGAACGCAACUUGCUGGAACAACAAUUGACUGCGGUUGAAAAUCGAACAUAUUUAUGGGUCAGCCUCACCUUGGACGUACUCGAGAAUAUGCCGGGUUUCACCAAGGGGAAUAUUCGACGCGUGAUACAGCAUCUUCCUACAACUGUUGAGAGUGCCUAUGAAAGAAUCUUGGACCGGAGCUCGGAUAAGAAGAAAGCCAAAGUUCUUCUUCACAUAAUUACAGCUGCUGUACGGCCUUUUUCUUUGGAAGAGUUAUCUUUUGCCUGGGCAAUACACAUCAAUCUAGUUGACACGAAUCUCACCGCUAUAAGCGAUGACUUGGAACCAAAGGAGAGAUUCAGAGAAACCCUGAGGGAUCUGUGCGGACUUUUCGUGGUUGUUAUAGACGAGAAGAUCUAUCUUCUGCAUCAAACCGCGAAAGAAUUCUUAGUCCAGAGCAACAUAUCCACUGUGAAACAAAACUCUCAGGCCACAGGAUGGAAAUGUGCACUCAAACCAGAGGAGUCUAAUGAAAUCCUUGCGCUCAUAUGCAUCUCAUGGCUACGAAGGAUAAAUGCUGCUCCAAGGGAUAUUGAACAAGGGGAAUUCGAUAAAUAUUCCUCAUGCCAUUGGAUCACGCACUACCAUCAAGCAAAUGUACAAGAUGGAAACGUGCUAAUCAUACGCGCGCAGUCGGUCUGUGACCCAAACUCUGAUGUGUAUCCAGUAUGGUCUGAGCUAUAUGCAAAUGAGAAUUAUAUUCCUAGGAGUACUUCAAGGCUUUUGAUUGCAUCAUUCUUCGGGCUUACUGGUGUGGUGAAGCUUCUGCUUGCAACAGGAAAUGUGAAUAUCAACUCUAAGGGUUCAGAUUCACGGGCCGCACUGUCCAGGAAAAAGCCGGUAAGGAAGCUUCUGCUUGGAACAAAAAGGAUGGAAAUGAACUCUAGGGACUCAGAGAAAAGCCUGACUCCGCUAUCCUGGGCAGCCAGGAAUGGGCAUGAGGCAGUAGUGAAGCUCCUGCUUGAAACAAAAAAGGUGGACAUAAAUUCAAAGGAUUCAACAGGCUGGACUCCACUGUUCUUCGCAGCUAUGAUGGGCCGUGAGGUAAUAGUAAAGCUCCUGCUUGAACCAGAAAAGGUGGCUAUAAAUUCAAAAGUUUCAAAAUAUGGCUCGACUCCACUGUCCUUGGCAGCUGAUAAUGGCCAUGAGGCAGUUAUAAAGCUCCUGCUUGAAACAAAAAAAGGUGGACAUAAAUUCAAAGAAUCUAGCAGGCCUGACCCCACUGUCCUUGGCAGCUAUGAGGGGCCGUGA